UGGGUGCGUCACAACAUGGCGCCGACCUUUAAAUCGAGUUAAACAAUCCGUUGCUACAGCCGUUGCUAGCCCGAUGUUAAAAGCUACGCGAAAGUAGAGAGAAGUGAUGAAUUCUAAUUAAAACUCUCAUAUUUGUUUUAAGGAGUUUAUUUACAAAAAAAUGAGCGAAUUUAUUUUAGACAAACUUUGUUCUCUCGGCCCUUAACAGCAAAUUAGAGAGAAUUCCCGAUUCCUCUGUUGGCAACAUUGUAUCCAGCAUUUCGCUUUUUUUUUCUUAUUAUUUUCUUUUUUUGACUUCCAUGCUUUUAACUGACGUGUACCGCUUUCGGUGGAUGCGGUGACGCUUGUAUUUGAGUGAAAGUACUGGACACAGUCGAGCUUAUUGUUUCUAAUACAGUACAAUCGACCACAAAGAACCAUGUUGGGCAUGUUAGACGACCUAAAGCGGAUGAACAAGCGGCAGCUUCUCUACCAGGUUUUAAAUUUCGGCAUGAUAGUUUCAUCAGCUCUGAUGAUAUGGAAGGGCCUGAUGGUUGUCACGGGAAGCGGAAGCCCCAUCGUGGUUGUUCUCAGUGGGAGCAUGGAGCCAGCAUUCCACCGGGGUGACUUGCUCUUCCUGACCAACUACAAGGAGGACCCGAUCCGUGUCGGGGACAUUGUGGUCUUCAAAGUGGAGGGGCGGGACAUCCCCAUUGUCCACAGGGUGCUCAAGCUUCACGAGAGGAGCGAUGGGGCCGUGAAGAUCCUGACGAAAGGAGACAACAACUCGGUGGACGACCGGGGCCUCUACGCCCCCGGACAGAUGUGGCUGGACAAGAAGGACAUCGUGGGGAGGGCCAGAGGAUUUGUCCCCUACGUCGGUAUUGUAACAAUAUUAAUGAAUGAUUAUCCAAAGUUUAAGUUCCUCGUUCUGGGCUGCCUGGGUCUCUUUGUGCUGGUGCACCGGGAAUAGGUUGCCCGUCUGUGCGAUUCAUCCAUCUCAUGUCAAGAGAGUCAUCUGCCGUGGCAGCCCGAGCCAAGCACGGCUGCCAGUGGGGAGCAAGGAGGACGUGCUGUCUAUCAAAAAGAAUAGCGCAAUUUUUUCUACGGGUGAUUGGAGCACGAAAAUGGCGAUUAAAUGCAACAUUCUUCUUUU